ACGAGCUCCCGCAAAUUUCCACACAGGUCCUCAUUGACAUUUCUAUUGGCCAUCGUUUGUGUGAAAUUUUUGUUCGACAUUUGUCGUUCUUUUACACACAUUCGAAAGCAGUGCAUUUUCUUCGGACCACUACGUGGAAAUUGUGAGUGAAAAGUGUGCUGUAGUUAAUGGGUUGAAUUUUCGUGUAGCAACAAUUAAUUUAACAACGAAGCAAAUGUAUUUACAAAAGUGAAAUUAAAGCAACAAGCCGGCUUAAUAAUAAAAGUAAGAAAAGGCAAUUUUACAAAAAAAAAUUUACGUAAAUUUGGUCAAAAUCCGUGGAAAAGUUUAUAGUAUUUAUAGAAGUGUGUGUACAUGUAUCAGCGAAAAAAAGAAGUGUUUUUGCUUUGAAGCGAAACUUAUACAAAAGCGUAAAAGUCAACAAACACGUGAAUAAAUCGCACAAGUAAAAGUAGUGCACAUUAAAAAAUAGUUGUAAAAGUUCGAAAUCAUACUAAAACGACAGGAGAAAGAAGAAUUGUUAUUUAUUUUACAUAUAUAUCUAGCUUAUAACAAUUUACAAGGUAUUUUAGGACAUUUGAAGUAAAUUCUAAUAAACAAUUUUAUACUUAUAUAAAAAAUUACGUGAAUUUUAUAACAAACGUACGCAUAACCAACGCAAAUACAGAAACUGACCUCCACAGCAACGAGAAAAUUUCGGGCGCAUUAACAUGUCAUCAAUCACUUACAAGGAGCGUGUACUCAGCUCUCAACAGCUGAAAAAGUUGUCGGAACACAAAUACUCCUGCACAAGCAGCAGUCUGCUGGAUCCAUGGCUACAGCCUUGGUGGAAUUGGCUUGUCUCAAUGACGCCGCUAUGGUUGGCGCCCAAUCUCAUUACAAUCAUUGGACUGGUUGUCAACAUAGUGACAACAUUAAUAUUAGUAUCAUACAGUCCCGAUGGCAAGUCGGCGCCACCCGGCUGGGCUAGCCUGCUUUGCGCAUUCGGACUUUUUGUUUAUCAAAGUUUGGAUUCGAUCGAUGGCAAGCAGGCGCGUCGCACAAAUACCCAAUCACCAUUGGGUGAGCUCUUCGAUCAUGGCUGCGAUUCCAUAUCGACCGUUUUCGUCGCGCUCUCGGCGUGUAUAUCCUGCCAAUUGGGACAAUAUCCAAAUUGGUUAUUCUUUCAGUGUUUCUGUGCCAUCGGCCUGUUUUAUUGCGCUCAUUGGCAGACUUACGUUUCAGGCACGCUGCGUUUCGGCAAAAUCGAUGUGACCGAAGCACAAUUCACCAUAAUGGCUAUACAUAUUAUAUCGGCGGUGUUCGGCUCGGAUGUGUGGCAAGCGCGGAUUCCACUCAUUGGCGGUCGUUGGAAUUAUGUCAUUUUAAUCGGCAUUACUUUGGGUUAUCUCGCGAAUAUGAUCAACUUUUCGAAAAUGUUUGUUGAAGGCGGCAGUGGCAAAAAUGGUUCCUCCGUUGCUGGUACCAGCGUGCUUUCGCCCAGCAUACCGUUAACAAUGGUCAUAUUGCCCGCACUGAUAAUUGCUCAAAAAUCGCCACAAAAUAUUUUCACCGAACAUGCAUCGUUGUAUAUCUUGGCUUUUGGCAUGGUGGCCGCCAAAGUGACCAACAAGCUGGUGAUUGCGCACAUGACAAAGGCUGAAAUGGAGUAUUUGGAUUGGUCACAAUUGGGACCAGCUUUGCUCUUCUUCAAUCAAUACUUCAAUUGUGUGGUGCCGGAAAUUUGGYUAUUGUGGUUCUCAUUGUUCUGGGGCACGCAGGAUCUCAUACGCUACUGCUCCAAAGUGUGUUUGGAGAUUUGCAAUCAUCUACAUAUUAAUCUCUUCACCAUCCCAUAUGCUGGCAAAAAUGCACCCCAGACUGUCAGUCAAGGCACAAGUGCACCCACCACCAGCAUGAGUAUGAGCGCSACAGCGGCGGCUGGUGCGAGUGCGGCGGUGGCGCAUGACAAGAAUGGUGGCACACAUCAUCGAAAGACGACGCGGCAGGCUAGCAAAAAGCAGCAACAACAACACUAGAAUUUUAUUUUAAAUUGUAUAAUUAAAUAGAAAAUCAACAAGAACAGGAAAAUACCCAACAACAAUGUAAAUCUCUAUGAAAUUGUUCCGUGUCAAUAUAUACAAAACAUACAAAGAAGAAAAACUUGAAACAAGGAAAAUACAAAUGUGGAGAAGACAAAAUUUAACUAGCGUAAACAAACCAGGCAAUUAAACUGAUGACUAGCGUAAAUUAAAAUACUGUAAUAAAAGAAAUUGCUAAGCAUAAGUAAAGCUAUAAGUUUUUAUGAAAAUAUUCAAAUGCUGA